AAAUAGUAUGGGAAAAUUAAACAAAAAAUAACAAAAUCCCAAUAAAAUCCUCGUCUCUUUCGUCUUCGCCAUCAUCGUCAUCACAGAAAAACAAAGAAAAGCUCACUGGCUCACGCACACAUGGCCUCCCAAACGGAGCCAACCCACCGUCAAAACCAAACCAAACAUAUCGCCGCCACCACCAACCUCUUUUCUUUCUUCAAACCCUCCAUUACAACGACGUCGUACCAUUCGAGAGUCUCUUUUCCCCUCCUCAUCCCCGGUUCACCUAAGCCACUCACCUUCGACUCGUCUUCCAAUCCCGACCCGGUUCAACCACCCAAGUCGGCUAUCAAGGAUGCCUCGACCUCGUCGGAAUCCAGCUCCGCUUUCCCAUCGGCGGUUAGGAUUGCCGGGCUGAACUCAAAUCCCAAGGGUGGGGGACCCGCUUUCGUGGGCCAGGUCUUCAGUAUGUGUGACCUCUCCGGUACUGGUUUAAUGGCCGUCUCUACCCACUUCGACAUACCCUUUAUUUCCAAAAGAACCCCUGAGUGGCUUAAGAAGAUGUUUUCAACGAUCACAAAGAGUGAGAGGAAGGGUCCCGUGUUCCGCUUCUUUAUGGAUUUAGGAGAUGCAGUGACAUAUGUCAAACGGCUGAACAUUCCAAGUGGUGUGGUGGGUGCCUGUCGUCUUGAUUUAGCAUAUGAGCAUUUCAAGGAAAAACCUCACUUAUUCCAGUUUGUUCCAAAUGAGAAACAGGUCAAGGCAGCCAACAAACUACUUAAGACAAUACCCCAGAAUCCUGGAUACAAAAAGGUCGAUGGUGUUCCAGUUUUCAGUGCUCAAAAUUUGGAUAUUGCUAUAGCAACUACAGAUGGAAUCAAAUGGUAUACUCCCUACUUCUUUGAUAAAAACAUGCUGGAUAACAUUCUUGAAGAAUCUGUUGAUCAGCAUUUCCAUGGUUUAAUUCAAACUCGGAACAUGCAGCGUCGACGGGAUGUGAUUGAUGAUAACUUGGCAGCAGAAGUGAUUGAAGAGAUGGGAGACAGUAUGUGGGAGCCUCCAGAGGUUCAAGAAGUGCUGGAUGAGAUGGGCCACCCAGCGAUACCUUUGAGCGUUAUUUCAAAAGCUGCUGAGAUGCAGCUCCUUUAUGCUGUUGAUAAAGUACUCCUUGGUAAUAGGUGGUUACGGAAAGCUACUGGCAUUCAACCAAAGUUCCCUUAUUUGGUUGACUCUUUUGAGAAAAGAAGUGCGGCUUCUUUUCUGAGAGCCUCCAAAUCAAUCGCAUGCCUAGCCAACCCUGAAAUCACAAACAAUCGUAAAGAUAUUCUGCACAAUAGGACUUCAGAGCUUAAUUCUAAAGAUGAUGUUCAAACCAACCAAGGAAACAGACCUUAUUUUCAGUUUCCUUUUGGAGAUUGGUUUAGUCCUCAAUGGUCAAAACAAAAGAACCAAAAUGAAAGCUCAAGUGAAUGGAUAAAGCAAAACACGCGGCCAAAUCCAUUCCUUCCAAAGAUUACAAUGGUUGGCAUUUCAACAGGUGAGGCUGGGCAGAUGAGUAAAGCCAGUUUAAAGAAGACAAUGGAAGAUUUAACCAAAGAGUUGGAGCAGAUAGAUCAGGGAAAUACCGCUGGUACAAGUAGUAGUAACGAGGAGUUCAAACCUGAAGAUAGGGAUCCGCUAUUUGUGGCAAAUGUGGGUGAUUACUAUUCCGGCAUGGCAAAGACAGGUUCAGCUAGAUGGGUUCGCAGAGGAAACAACUAAAGGGCGGGCCUCACUGACAACACAAUUUUGUUUAAAUCUUAAUUGUCGAUAUUUAUUUGUGAACCUUCCCCCUUCCUGAAAGAAGAAAUGAAAAAGUCUCCAACAUGAUGCUGCAUGCAUGCAUGUCAUAUUGUAGUUGUAACUUGUAAAGAGUGCUGUCAAUGGAAUGCUAGGAGAUUUUCUCCAAUACUAAUUGGCAAACAAAAAAAAAAAAAAAGGGUAAAAAGUUAGAGAAUGCUAAAUUAUCAAGUCGAUAUCUGUGUAUAUGUGGUGUUUAAACUUCGCCUUGAGUUGAGCAGCAACUAGUCAAUUCAAAUAAUAUUGUGAAACAAUCUCCAUCAGUAUUAUUGUUUUGAAUAUUGCAGAAAUAUUAUUUUUAUAUUUGCACGUGGAUUUUAUUUUA